GCUGCUGCCUGUGUCCUUCUUCCAGCGGCAGCGCAGCGAGGCCGGAGGCGGCGGCAGCAGGCAGCAGCAGGGACUGACCGAGGAGGCGGCGGCCGGCCAUGGUCAUUAAGGCGGACGAGAUGGCGGCGGCGGCGGCGGCGGCGGCGGCCGAGCAGCAGCAUCAGCAGCCCGGCCAGAGCGCCGGCAAGGAGCCGCAGAGAGGAGCGGAGCGGAGCAGUGCAGAGGAACAACCGUCCAGCGUAGCCCUGAUGAAUGGAGAUAGUUUGCACGAGAACCACAAAGAGGAGACCAAGCAGGAUGGCCACGAAGAAGCAGACCACACGGACGACGGGAAUGACCAAGAAGUCAUCGUCAUCCAGGACACUGGCUUCACUGUUAAAGUUCACGCGCCGGCAGUAGAACCUUUUCCCCUGCAAGUCUCUCCCCAAGAGAUGGUCCAGGAGAUCCAUCAAGUUUUGAUGGACCGCGAGGACACCUGCCACCGAACGUGCUUCUCUCUGCAGCUCGAUGGCAACGUUCUGGAUAACUUUGCUGAGCUGAAGACCAUCGAAGGAUUACAAGAAGAUUCAGUGUUAAAAGUAGUUGAAGAACCGUACACAGUCCGGGAAGCCAGGAUACACGUCCGACAUAUCCGAGACCUCCUGAAGAGCCUUGAUCCCUCGGACGCUUUCAACGGCGUUGACUGCAACUCGCUGUCGUUCCUCAGUGUCUUUUCCGAAGGGGACCUUGGAGACAGCGGCAAGCGGAAGAAGAAAGGUACGGAAAUGGAGCAGAUUGACUGCACCCCUCCUGAACACAUCCUGCCAGGGAGCAAGGACAGGCCCCUCUGCCCCCUUCAACCUCAGAACAGAGACUGGAAGCCUCUGCAGUGCCUAAAAGUACUGACCAUGAGCGGCUGGAACCCCCCGCCCGGCAACCGCAAAAUGCACGGCGACCUCAUGUACCUGUACAUUAUCACCAUGGAAGAUCGGCAUGUGAGCAUUACGGCCUCCACCCGGGGCUUUUACCUCAACCAGUCGACGGCGUACGUCUUCAACCCUAAACCUGCCAAUCCCAGCUUCCUCAGCCAUUCCCUGGUAGAGCUUCUGAACCAGAUCAGCCCCUCCUUCAAAAGAAACUUUGCUUCUCUGCAGAAGAAACGUGUCCAAAGGCACCCGCUGGAGCGGAUAUCCACGCCUUUCCAAGUGUACACCUGGACGGCCCCCUUGGCUGAGCACGCCAUGGACUGUGUGAGAGCAGAGGAUGCCUAUACCUCCAGGCUGGGCUACGAAGAACACAUCCCAGGACAGACCAGAGAUUGGAAUGAAGAGUUGCAAACAACCAGAGAGCUGCCACGCAAAAAUCUGCCGGAGAGGCUUUUGAGGGAACGAGCGAUCUUUAAGGUUCACAGCGACUUCACUGCCGCCGCGACGAGAGGCGCCAUGGCGGUCAUAGACGGCAACGUGAUGGCCAUCAACCCCAGCGAGGAGACCAAGAUGCAGAUGUUCAUCUGGAACAACAUCUUCUUCAGCCUGGGCUUCGACGUCCGUGACCACUACAAGGACUUUGGCGGGGACGUGGCCGCCUACGUGGCCCCGACCAACGACCUCAACGGGGUCAGGACGUACAAUGCGGUGGACGUCGAAGGGCUGUACACCUUGGGCACGGUGGUGGUGGACUACCGAGGGUACCGGGUGACAGCCCAGUCCAUCAUCCCAGGCAUCCUGGAGCGGGAACAAGAGCAGAGCGUCAUCUACGGCUCGAUAGACUUUGGCAAGACGGUGGUCUCCCACGCCAAGUACCUGGAGCUGCUGGAGAAGACCAGCAGGCCCUUGAAGAUCCAGAAACACGCGGUCCUGAACGACAAGAGCGAGGAGGUGGAGCUGUGCUCCUCGGUGGAGUGCAAAGGCAUCAUUGGCAAUGACGGGCGUCACUACAUCCUGGACCUGCUCCGCACGUUCCCCCCCGACCUGAACUUCCUGCCUGUGGAGGGGGAGGAGAUGCCGGAAGAAUGCCAGAAGAUGGGUUUCCCCAAACACCACCGGCACAAGCUGUGCUGCCUCCGGCAGGAGCUGGUCGAUGCCUUUGUGGAGCACAGGUAUCUCAUGUUCAUGAAGUUGGCAGCCCUGCAGUUAAUGCAGCAGAAGGCCAACAAGCCAGAAGGUGGCACCUCUCUGGAAAACGGCAGCAGCUCAACCCCCUCCUUUCCAGAGAAUGGGUUGGAAGAUGGCGAGAAGUCUCCAUCGGAAGACGGCAAACUAGAAGAAGGCAAAAUGGAGGGGUUGGACCAGGUAAAGGAGCUCACGGAGACCAUCGCAUCGGACAACGGAGCAGUGGAUCCCAAAAGCAGAGAGAUCAUCCAGAAUGCCUGCAAAGCUGUGGGUUCCAUUAGCAACACGUCCUUCGAUAUCCGGUUUAACCCAGACAUCUUCUCGCCCGGCGUCCGCUUCCCAGAGUCCAGCAAAGAGCAGAUUCAGGAUCAGAAGCGGUUACUGAAGGAUGCAGCUGCCUUCUUGGUGUCCUACCAAAUUCCAGGCCUGGUGAAAGACUGCCUCGACCACACCAUGCUGCCGAUGGAUGGUGCCACCUUGGCGGAGGCCAUGCACCAGCGGGGCAUCAACAUGCGCUACCUAGGCAAAGUGGUCGACUUCGUCACCAAGACCCCGGCCCGGCCGCAGCUCGAUCACAUCUACAAAAUCGGAAUCACAGAACUGAUCACUCGGUCGGCCAAGCACAUCUUCAAGAUAUACCUGCAGGGCGUGGAGCUGUCCGGCUUAUCUGCUGCUAUCAGCCAUUUCCUCAACUGCUUCCUCAGCUCUUUCCCAAACCCUGUCGCCCACCUUCCUGCCGAUGAGCUGGUCUCCAAGAAGAAGAACAAGAGGAGGAAAAACCGGAACCUGGGCACGGCCGACAACACUGCCUGGGCUACCAUGAGCCCUCAGGAACUGUGGAAGAACGUUUGUUCGGAAGCCAAGAGUUACUUUGACUUCUGCCUGGAAUGCGAGAGCGUUGACCAAGCAGUGGAACAGUACAGUCUACAGAAAAUCACCUUGCUCCGUGAGAUCUCCCUCAAAACUGGAAUCCAGAUCCUGCUGAAAGAGUACAACUUCGAUAGCCGGCACAAGCCGGCGUUCACGGAAGAGGACAUCGUCAACAUCUUCCCCGUCGUGAAGCACGUCAACCCCAAAGCCUCGGACGCGUUCCACUUCUUCCAGAGUGGGCAGGCAAAAGUCCAGCAAGGUUUCCUGAAGGAGGGCUGCGAGCUGAUCAGCGAGGCCUUGAACCUCUUCAACAACGUGUACGGCGCGAUGCACGUGGAGAUCUGUGCCUGCCUUCGGCUGCUGGCUCGCCUGAACUACAUCAUGGGAGACUACUCAGAGGCCUUAAGUAAUCAACAGAAAGCGGUGCUAAUGAGUGAAAGGGUUCUUGGCAUUGAGCAUCCCAACACAAUCCAAGAAUAUAUGCACCUAGCUUUGUACUGCUUUGCAAAUAGCCAACUGUCCACGGCACUCAACUUACUGUACCGCGCACGCUACCUCAUGCUGUUGGUGUUUGGAGAAGAUCACCCAGAAAUGGCUCUCUUGGAUAACAACAUCGGCUUGGUCCUCCACGGAGUCAUGGAGUACGACCUUUCCCUGCGGUUUCUGGAGAACGCGCUCGUGAUCAACUCCAAGUACCACGGUGCCAAGUCCCUGAAAGUUGCACUGAGCCACCACUUGGUAGCCCGAGUGUACGAGAGCAAAGCUGAAUUCCGGUCAGCUCUGCAGCACGAGAAGGAAGGCUACACAAUCUAUAAAAAUCAGCUUGGUGAGCAUCACGAGAAGACCAAAGAAAGCUCAGAGUACUUGAAAUACCUGACCCAGCAGGCCGUGGCCCUCCAACGCACCAUGAACGAGAUCUACAAGAACGGAUCCAACGCUAACAUCAUGCCCUUGAAGUUCACGGCUCCCAGUAUGGCCAGCGUCCUGGAGCAGCUGAACAUCAUCAAUGGGAUCCUCUUCAUUCCACUAAGCCAAAAGGACUUGGAGAACCUUAAAGCGGAGGUGCAGAGGCGGCAGCGGCUUCAGGAGGCCCUCAAGAGCGGCGAUCAGCUGGAGCUGGAAGACAAAGCCCCAGACGAGAGGGAGCCCGGGGGAGGCCAGCCUGUCGCCGCCGCGGCUCCCUAGCGUAGAGAGCCAUCCUGUUAGUUAGCCGGCCCUUGCGGACGAAUCUGACCCUUGGGUGGCUCAGCCUCGCCCGGGGCCAGCUUCUCUUUGGGAACGCGUUUUGUUUUCUCUUUUCUUAAUUUGCACUGGUACAAUGAAUACACAAUGCAGAAGAACUAAAUUUUAAGAAACAAACCCUACCUGUCUAAGCCGGCGUCGGGCAUCCGGAACGGGGUGGUGCCGGGGAGAGGGUCUCCCUGGGUCGAGAGAGCGGGAGCCCG